AAUUAUAUAUGUUAUUAAAUAAAUUGCAAUGAUAUAAUUUCAUUUAAUAUAUAUAAUAUAACUUUAUAAAAUUCUGUACAAUGUAUUUUAUUUUAAAUUCCCUUUAAUUUGUUAUGAAAUAUUCACAGAUGAACACAAAUCAUCCAUCUUUGCACACACCAUCUGUUUCUCGACUUUCCCAACCAUCUCCCGGACACAUUAAAGGGGGAAUGCCAUCGCCACAUUCACCUACUCCAUCUCCCGCCGGAAGUGUUGCUUCUGUUGGAUCUCAGAGUAGCGGAUACAGUAGUAGUGAAAUUAAUGGUGCUCAGCCACGGAUUCACGGCACCGAUAGCAUUAUUGGAACUCCGUUAUCUACUACAGGUUUGACUCAGCAACAGCUUUCUCAAGAUCACGACGUGAUCAGUUUACCACAUCAUACGUAUAGUAUGUUGCAACGCCAAAGUACUUACCUAUCACAUUUACACCUUUGUCAUGAUUUGUGGGAACAGGCAGAUAUUCGAAUCACACACGGCCAUUGCAAAGAGUUUUUCAAAAUGUUGGAUAGUCAGUGUGGACAAAUCACAUUACACAGUACAUUUUCCGAACUGGUCGAAUAUGUUCGCAAAGGACUUCGCAUUCUAAAAGAGGAAACGUGAUGUACAAGGCUUAAUUAUUUGCCCAAGAUCUGAAGGAGAAACAUGCGACCUGUUGUAUACAUUUUGUACAUAAUUUGUAUAUAAUAUAAAAUCACUCGUGACUAAAAGUGCAAGACUCUCACAACAAAUAACAGAAGAGCGUAGAGAGGGUCAGUGCAGUAUCGCGUUCAUCCACCAAUCUGUAUAUGGGUUUCCUAAUUGUAUUUUAUUGAUCUGUUGCUGCUCCGUUGCAGCUCUCCAUACGACAAUGUACAGUUACAUUCUGUUUGUUUUGGAAACAGUAUAAAACUAUGCCCGUACUUACAGGUGUGGAUUCAAGAAAGUCAUCAUAAUCAACAUUGAGUGAAACUGUUUAAAACAGCAAAUUUUUAUUGCAAAAACAUUAAUGUUUUUUGAUUGAAACAUGUCCUAUUUAUUAGAGUGAAAUAUAUAUUUUUGAAGGAAUGUGGUGAUUAUAGCAUAAUUAUUUCUUAAUUUUUUUUCUUGUGCAUAAGCUAUAUUUUCAUACUUGCUGCUUACAUAUAUAUUAUAGAUGUUGGGUUCAAGCAAUCAUAUAUGGUGCUUCUGUUAAUACUUGUUUUUUUCUCUCCCUGAUUGUUUCGAUUACCAUUAAAAAUUCUUUUCUCGAUAAUUUGAUAUUUUAUCAUAGUAACGUAGAAAGUGUAUUUAUUUGCAGCUUCGAAAUACUCAAACCUCUAUUAUUUAGGUCCUUAAUUGUUUCAGCAAGAAAUUUUUUUUUCUUUUACUAAAUCAAUAUAUUUCUUCUGUUAUUGAGAGCACAACAAUUCCAAAUAUAUAUAAUUCCACAUGUAAAUUGCAAUCAUAAUAUAUACAUCAGUCGUGUUGGAUUGGAUUUGCUCAAAGACCAGAAUUCUUACAUCAUUUAUGUAAAAUUGUUUCAAUGUGCUCAAGCAUUUUCUAAUUUCUCAAAAACUGCUCAAAGCUACUCUUAUUUACAUGUAGGAUUUUUCUUCUAUUUCAAAUUUCUUCCUCGCUUGCAAAAAUGAAUUGUUUGGAUGCACGAGACAUUAGGUUCGUCGGAAUUAAUUCUAAUUACUAACCAACUCUAGUAAUGAAUUCAAAUACUGACCAGAUUCGUAGUAUUUUAAUAUAAUUUAUAUAUUCAAUAUAUAAGCACGAUACUUUAUUUAAUUAGAAUAUAAAAUAUAUUUUAAGAAUUUUAGCUUGUUCUACUUAAGUAUUUAUGAAGUUUUUAAUAAAAAAGAAAACACAAUAUCCAACUGAAAAUUUGAAUACAAUAAAAGUGGAAUUUUAUAAUGAAAUCAAACAAUUGCGAAGACAACGGCAAACGAAAUUUUUUAUUCAGCAUAAAAUCUUACUCAUUAAUUUAAUCAUAAACAUUUAAUAAUCAAUUUUAAAUAGCAUUUGUUAUCAAAACUUACGAGAGAAUUGGAAUUUUCAUAUUUUGAGAAAAAUAUUUCAUAGUGAAAUGAAAUAAGUAAAUAAACCUUUUAACAUUCUUUUUACAAAUCAAAAAAAGAAAUUGUUUGUAGACUGUCAUAACAAUAAACUGACAUAACAAUAAAUAUAGACAUUCUUUUAUAUUUUCAGGAUGAUUAAUUUACUAUGUAUUUUUUGUGCCAACGGGUCAUUGUUUCGCUUAUAUAUACAUGCAUACAUACAUACAUAUAUAUAUACAUAUUAUAUAUAUAUAUAUAAAAAUAAAUGAAAAGGCAUAAUGCCUUAUCUGUAAUAGUUUGAGAUACCAAAUAGAAUUUAUAUAAAUUUAAUUACAGCAUAAUUUGUAUUCUUAUUACUCAUAUAUCUUAGCUUUAAACAAACGUAGAAAUUGUACGUAGCUUAUUAUGUUCCUAUAUAUUCUUUGUACAGAAUAUUGUACAAUGAUCUGUGAAAUUUGGUUCAAACGUUAGAAGAAUUUCAAUAAAAAAGUGUUUAAAAAAGAAAAAACAUUUCCAUUUUGCUCUGCUGAAUGUCUUUAUAGAAAAUUUUUCAAAAAUUGUAUAAAAAUGUAUUAUGUGAGUGUUUGUAUAAGAGAAGAAAAUUAUUAUUGCCCGUGUUGAAUGUAUUUUAUCAUGUCACAAACUGGAUGAAUACUUUGAGCAGUGAAAUUAUGUUAUUUAAAAAAUAUUAUUAUUAUUAUUAAUUAAUUAAUUAAUUUAAGAAUUUUUGAGCACUGCUUUUUAAUUUAAAUUUAUUUUUGUAGCACAAAAUGCAUGAAAUUAAUUCCAUUGUUUAUUGACUUGAAUGUGGCAGCACUAUCUUGUAACUAAUUCCUGCAUCACCACAUUAAAAUAUAUUUGUUAUGUAUAGUACGUUCUUGUAUAUUCUCCUUUUUAACCCCAUUGAGAAAUGUAUUUGGAUGCUAAACCCCGUAAUGGUUAACAUUCAUCUCUGCUUCCAAAUUUGUCACCACUGAAGUUGUAAACAUGUACAGAGUUGAUCAUCCCUUCCCAUUAGAAUGUUAUCAUUGAUCUGUAAAUGAAAUGUAUACCUUGUACUUUGUAUUUCUACAAAGACAAUAACAAAUAUAGUAAAACUUUUUAUUUGA